AUGUCAAGUUCACUAGAGAAGCCAACCGGCGAGUACCGCCAAUACUUGCCAGACCUGAAUACCCCGCGGUUCCAGGUGAUGUGCACCCAGGAUGCGCAUGAGUAUGCACACGCCUUCAAGACUGGCAAGCAGCCGCCGUGGUUGCACGCGCUGUAUAUGCACUGGCUGGAUCUGUUGCAGGAGCCUUUCAAGGGCGUCACUACCGAUGGCAAGGUCCGUUCUGACCUAUUCACAUUGCAAGAUGAAGAUGUCCCAAUCCAGGAGAUUGUGGCCGCUACACAAUCCAUGAUCUCUCUGCUGGAUGACAAGCAGAAGGAGGCCGUGAGUUACCACAUUGAUUCGCCCCAGUGGCGUACCUGGUCGAACCCCGAGUUCCUGCUCUCGCACAAAGGUGUCCGCCUCGACGAGGUGAAUGAGCAAAUCCGCGAUGCAGUCAUGAACAUUUUGAAGGUCACUCUCUCGCCCGAGGGCUACGAAAAGGCCGUCAGCGCCAUGCGCAUCAAUCACUUCCUCGGCGAGCUCGUCAAGUCUCCCCGCGUCAUGAAUGAAUUCUCGUACAACUUCGCGCUCUUCGGAAAGCCCUCCACCGACCGCCCGUGGGGUUGGUCCUUCUACGGCCACCAUCUGUGCUUGAAUAUCUUUUUGUACAAGGGCCAGAUUGUUGCCUCGCCGUGGUUCACCGGUGCUGAACCCAAUGAGAUCGACGCCGGUCCCUAUGCCGGGACUCGGAUUAUGCAGGUCGAGGAGAAGCUUGGUCUGGAGCUGAUGCAGUCCCUCUCUGCUGAGCUGCAGGCCAAGGCCCGGGUCUUUGCCCUGAUGAAGGACCCUGCCAUGCCUCCUGGUCGCUGGAAUAAGGACGACCAGCGUCACGUGUGCGGUGCCUACCGCGACAACCGUGAGGUGCCGUACGAGGGCAUCCUGGCAUCGACAUUCAAUGACGACCAAAAGAAGUUGAUGUAUGGCAUUCUGGAACAAUACCUUUUGUACCUGCCCGCCAAGGCACGCGCUAAGAAGAUCGAGGAGGUGCGCCGCUGGGAGGCUGAGACCUACUUCUGCUGGAUUGGAGGUUACGGUGACGAAGACCCGUUCUACUACCGCUUACAGAGCCCUGUGAUCCUCAUCGAGUUCGACCAUCACUCGGGUGUCUUCCUGAACAACGAGGAGCCCAAGAAAUUCCACAUUCACACCCUCCUUCGCACCCCGAACGCUGGUGAUUAUGGACAGGCGCUGCGCGCUCAGAUCCCUGCUAUUGAGGGGAUCAAUGGGAAACACAUUGUUUGGUAG